GGAGCCCACUCGGACGCGGAACGCCGCUCGUGCUGUAUCAUAGCUGCGCGCGCAUUCGCAAAGCAAGAUUCUUGCUCGCUCUCUCUCCGUCUCUCUUUCUGCCUCUCUGGAUCCUGGCGAGUUCUUCAGUGCGUCGACGAUCGUAGUCAGUGAUAGUAGUCGACGGACGGUCGGACAGGAGGUGUGCUAACAUGUGCAGCGGCUGUGCGCUCGAGGUGGCUCUCAGGCAGUGUUUCGACGAGUUCUUGUGAGGAAACGAGCGCCGAGGAUUGCGUUGGAAAUACUUUGUGAUUCCCAAGAAGGAUACGUCAGGGAAAAAUCAUCAAAGCCUCAGCCAGCACGAUGACAAUGGAAGAACGCUCUAGCGGCAUCGAGGAUGGCGCUCCAGUUAUCUCGACUGGUGCCACGAUAACUUCUUCCAACGUUCCGAGCAACCUCAAGGCCAAGGCAUGCGAGCUGACGACGGAUGCGUCGUACCCCCUCCAGCGUACGAGCAAGCGCUCCUUCGACGUCGCGUUCCUCGUGGCGCCCGACGAAAAGCUGAUCAAGCGCCAGACCGAAAAGCUGGUGAACCUGCAGUUCUGCACCAGCCGCUUGAUGAGCGAGGUGAGCAGGCAUCAGGAGCCGAUUGUCACCGAAGACUACAACGACGACUCGCGUGAGUACGAGCAGAACGAUCGAAUACCCCAGAACAUGACGAUCAAGCACUUCGAGAACCUCGAGGCGUCCAAGUACAAAAUCAGACGUACGGAGGAUCUCCAGGCUGCUUUGCCGCCCUACAUAUCACCCAAGCGAAGGCUGACUCCGACCUCGGCGGACCUAUCCCCGGAGCCACCGGCGCACCUGUACGCGGGCUCGUUGCGCGUUCAGAAGAGUCCCAGUCCGCCCGGCAUAUUUCAGCGGACCCUGCCGACUCGGAAAAUCUUCGUCGACGAGAACAGCAGCGAGCGACCCGUUGACCAGGUCCUAGGCUUGCCCGGACCCCGUGGAAAGAGCAACUGCGACAGCAUCUCCUGCCCCGACAGACUUCACGGGGAUUCCCGGAGCGCGUUCACCAAGGUCAACUUGGCUGUUCAGAGAAGUACCCUCAUAGGAGUCAGUCCCAGCUCGAGCAGCGUGAACUUUGAGGAGGGAACCGGAUCGCCCAGAUCGUCGAUCUCGCCGGACGUGGUGACCUAUCAGAACAGUCUCAGUCCGCCGAUCGCGCCCCCGUCGAACUCCGGCAGCGCGGCGAGUCCCUUCAAUCCCAAGUACACCGCGGGCUUCCCCGGCAAGAUGCCCUACCCCUUCCUAAUAUCUCCCGAAUCCCAUCAGAGCGCUCUUCUCGACAACCUCAAGCUGAGCCAGCAACUGGCCGCCUCGUCCCAACCGCAGCCAAAGGUUCCCAGCCCCAAGACGCCAGUGGGCAGCGGGGGCAGUAGCAGCGGCAGUACCAACUUCCGGCCGGAGCUCCCGUCAGCUGUCUAUCCGAAUCUGCCGUACAACCCGCUGUCCGCGGUAUUCCCGCCGCCUAUCGGUGACGCCCUCGCACGACAGCCUCGCUUCCUGGCCGCCGGUCUACUGCCGCCGUCCUUCGCCGCGCUGGCUCUGCCCGCGCAGAACGUCUGCGCCAAGUGCAACCUGUCGUUCCGCAUGACCUCCGACCUCGUCUACCACAUGCGCUCGCACCACAAGAACGAGAGCGCCGGCGAGGCGGCCCGCCGACGUCGCGAGGAGAAGCUCCGCUGUCCUGUCUGCGACGAGAGCUUCCGCGAGAGACAUCAUCUGACGAGACACAUGACCGCCCACCAGGACAAGGAGAGCGACGCUGUGGUCGAUCAGGUGGAAAUUAAGAGGCGCUCGGCAGCCGCGACCCUCCUGCACGGCAAGUGACGCAGAAAGCAGCAGCCCGCCUGCUUCGAGCAGCUCGGGCAGUUCGAGCAGGGCUUUGGUAACUGAUUAGGUUCCAUAAUAAGGUUAAUUUCGUUUUGGUUGAAUCACGCGCACUCGGAUAUUUUUUUACACUUAGAAACGUUGCUCGUUGCGAUUAUAUUCUAUUACUAUUUCACUAAAUUACAAACUGUUUCUUAGCGUUCAAAAUGUAGACAAGGAAAAUUAUAUCGUUGGAGUAUAAAAUAAGACAAAUAGACCCUUUGCAAAAGGGCUAUCCCGUCUAGUCAAUAUUAGGUUUAAGAAAGCGAUCGACACUUGUAUGUACAUAGCUAUACUAAAAAUUCAACCCGACGGCUUGAAUUUUCGUCGCUAAAAACCACGAGGAAUCCGCUGAUGGUGAUAUGCUACAUUUAAGAAAAUACAUUUAACGCUUGUAACAGCUUUUAAAAAUAUAGUAAGCUUGUCGAACAACUUGUAAGUGUUUAUCCGGGUAAUUUUAAAAUUAUAAUCAGUCUCCUUCGCUCGUAUCUCUCACAAACACCGCUGCACACAACUUUCCAACUUUCACAUGCAUUUUUUCGUCGAGGAAUACCAAAGAACAACGAAAAUCAAUCAUUUCGCGCGCCGCUCCUCUUUCUCAGCGAGCGGCAUCCCAAACUAGUUCCGCAGCAACAAUAACAGAACUCGUAUCAAAGCGCGAUGAAUAACCCGAAACGUCGGCGCGCAGAGGUCGGCUCGACCCUCGUACGGGUGAGGGCGUAGGGGGAGGGGGCAGUCGAGUCGGACUAAGCGUGGGAGGGCGGAUAGGCCGGCGACACGAUGUAAACCGUCGGAUCGCACGCUCGCGGUGGCAAUAAAUAGAUCGUAAACCAUAACCGGGAGCCGCGGCGAACCGUCGGAGCGCGCAUAAUGGUAGGAAACAAUGAAUGCCGUAAUCGGAAACAGUGCUGGUUUGUUAUCUGCCAUUUACACUCCAUUUAACUUCAAACACUGAAUCAGACGGCGCGGCGGCGGUGGCGCUCACGAGCCGCCGAGUUUUAAAUAGCCGACGCUCUGCUACUGCUGCUAGCUGUGCGCGCCGGAGAGACGUACUCGAUCUGUCUUUCUCGCCGGGAGCGGAGGCUAAUGCUGCCUACUCGUGCACCGGCGCAAUAAGGUUUAUUAUUUGCAUUAAUGCUGAGAGCGAAAUUGUGCCGCGCAGAUUUCACCUCUGAGCUCGUUUGCCGCGGACUCUUUCGCGAAUUGAAACGAGAGCGAGGCGGCCUCGGUGGAGUUUUAAUGUUGGCCGAUAUGAAUUGUCGCCGGGAUUUACGGCUUUCUCGCGGAUUCGCGUACGUUGGACGAUUUUUGUCCUGUAAAUAAUUUCGACCGAAGUAUUGUACUCUCGUAUAAACAACUUUUUCGCACGUGUCAAUAACACUCGAUGUCAAGGCAAAUAUUUUUAAGCGCUUAAACGAUGUGUAAAGGUUAUAGCGAGAUGAUCUAUGUCAUACGGUUAGACGCGACGAUGAACGUACCUUUCAAAGAAAUAUUGGUGCGUCUAUCUUACUGCGUGCUUCGUAAGCGAUUGAAUUUCCGAAAACGUUAUUUUCAAAUUCUCAUUGAAAGACGUUCAAUCAUCGCAAAUUGAAUUUUAAACUUACGACGUACAGGAUAGUCAUAGAAAAAGUAUAUUGUAUGAUAUUGAAUAUCUAUAAGCACUUCUUCAAACGUCAUGACUAAUACCUAAGACAAAUUUUUAUUCUGUUUCGUUAAAAAUGAUUUAUUAUUACAUUGAAUUGUUAAUAUCUUCGAUAUGGUUACUAUAUAUAAACAUUGUUAUAUUGCAUCCAUGUAAAUAAUGCACCUGUAUAUAUCUCAUAAUUGUAAUGUACGUAUUUAAAACUGUUGUUAUUAAUAAAUGAAGUUCAAAUUUCAAAUCUUAAAAA